AUGGAAGACUCACUACCAGCCUCCAAUGCCUGUGGGCCAACAGUGCGCACGGAUCGUCCGCUCACAGAUGCCGAGUACGCAGACGACAUAGAUUUUCUUAGUACUAAUGGAAACGCUUAUGGUCGUGCGGUAGACAUCGUAGACUUGCGGUCCUUCGUGAAGCACACUCAACCAGCAUGUUGCAUGAUCAAACACCCGGACUUCAAUGAGAGAUCGUCAACAUUGAAAUUCAAAAUAAUAACUCGAGCACGCUACGCCUCUCAAAUGUCGUUUAGAAAGUUUAAGCUGGACAGUCGAGGUGGGAAAACUGGCAAUUAUAUUCGAUUGGAUGUUCGUGGAAUCCAAUCAGUUGUCACUGUAACCAGUCGAGAUAGUUCUGGCUACCACUGA